AUGCACGAACUCUUUUUGACCGCUGCUGUGAGGGAAGUCGACUUUGACACGGCUUGCGCAGUACUCCAGGGGCUCUCGUGGAUGCAAGCACGUCACAACGUCUACCGUGUCUCCUUCUACGCCGGCCAACCGCAACCAAAAGGUCUUACCGUGUUGAAAUCAUUGCCGAAAAUUUCCAAUCCGCAAGCCCGUGCUGCACUUCAGGCGACAUGGAAUGAGCUAAGCAAGCCGUUGACUCGAACGUCUUACGUCCUGCAGCUUGCGCAUGAAGUUUUCACCGACACGGACUUUAGCAAUGGCAAUGUAGUGGACCUCAACAAUGUGCCUGGUACGCUGCGAUGGUUGGAUUUCCCUGAUCUCUUACGCGAUAACGUUAGAAAGAAGAUGGAAACCAACACGCCUGGAAUUCAAAGGGCCCGUGUCGAGAUUCCUGAUUUGCCCAUCACGCAAAGGAAGAGGAUAGACAUCCCUGAUCAGCGGAAUCUGCUUACUAUCAUGAGCGACAACGAUCAUGUAUACAAGACAGAGAUGAUACAGGAGACAUACACAUAUGUCAGAGAAACCAUCGAGUUCUCACUCAACAGAUAUUACUAUCUACCAUCAUCAUCCCUUGAACAGUCAGCGCCUUCGCCCACUUUGCCGCCUUGGUCGGAUCUCCGACCACUUGACCCCUCUCGGAAGUGGACGCUUCACGUAAAACUGAACGUUAUUGAGGACACCCAGCCCGAAAAGAUGAGGAAGGCCGCGGAGGAGCUCAUGAAUGUCAAGGGGGAGCUCGACCAGUUAUUCGACUUCAAGGUCCUUGACAGACGCAUCUUCGACACGAGAAUUGUGGCACCGCCGACGCUUCCGAUUCGUGUUUAG